ACCACUAUGGCUUUUUUUAAGUUAACCGGUCUGUUUUUGUGCAUCGUCGUCGCGGUCAGUGCUCUGCCCACACAAGGCGAGGAACCACGCGGCAACGCCAUCCAAACCGAAAACGACCUUUUGGACAACAUCUACAAUGACUGCCUGCGCAAGGACUCGAUGUCCUGUCUCAAAUACAAAGUUUUCAAUUUCGUCGACAAGAUGCUCGGCCAUAGGGAAACGAUUACAGUGACCGAUGGUGUGCAAUUCGUCAAAACAGGAGGUGAACAAGGAGGUGCUCCUCGUGCAAUUUCCGGUGACGAUACCAUCGAAUCGGUAAUUUUCAACAGAAUUUCCGAUUUCUUGGAAAGCCACACGUUGAAAAUCGACCUGAAGGGAAGUGAAAUUGUUAACGCGGUGUCGUCCACGGCCAGAUCGUUGAACGAUUACGCUGAAACAUUGGAAGAGGAAGAAAAUUCAUUCGAUGCCGACGACCAAGGUGAAGCCAGGAAGAAGAAGGGUGGCGGCGGCGGUAAGAAAGGAAAAGGUAUGGGAGGUUUGAUGGCUCUGAUGGCCCUGAAAGCCGCCAUUUUCGGUAAACUCGCUUUGGCCGCUAUCGCUCUAAUCGCCGGAAAAGCCCUUCUGAUCGGUAAAAUCGCCCUUGUACUCUCGUCCAUCAUUGGAUUGAAGAAACUCCUCGGCAGCGGCGGCCAGAAACACGUAACGUACGAAGUCGUACCGCACGCCCAGCACUCCUCCGCGCACGUUUCCACCCACGAAAUCGCCAGUUCCGGCCACGGAGGCGGCUACGGCGGUGACAUCGGCGGCGGUUACGGCGGCAGCUCCGGCGGCGGAUGGGGCAGGUCCUUCGACGCCCAAAACCUGGCCUACAGGGGACACCAGCAGACCAAACAAGCGUAACGAUCUGAUGAUGGUUCACGUACCUGCCAAAACUCAGCGAGCGUAGACUAAGUCAUAAACAACGAUACACUUAUUGAAAUUUAAUUUAUUUGAUAUUGUUCUUGUAAUAGUAAGUUAUUGAAUUCGUCGAUGAACAAAGACUUAUCGUUUUUACCAGUGGCUCAGAUUUCUG